UGUAAUAAAGAAUAAGGGUUAUGAGAGCGGUUGACGUUGAGCAUUUGGUAUAAGCCUAGCAUUUUGGGGCUUCCCUUGCUCCCCACAAUGACACCAAACCUUAAGAGGUCUGUGCGGGAGAGAAACCUUCAGUCUAGUGUCGUGAGAACCUUCUCAUGAAAAUAACUGACAGUUACUGCCCCUUGUCUCAUGUCACCCUGUAGGAGCCGACACGGGAGAGCAACAUGGAAAGGAGACCCCUGGAGAGCAGGCAAGGCCUCACCCACAGAGAAGUUCCCCGCUUGGUCGGGCUGCUGCUCACUAUGGCCCUCAUGAACGCUCUCUUUUACCUCUACCUCGACCAGUUUUUCAGUUCCCCUGGACACUCCACUGAGGACCCCAGGCCCUGUCCCCACGGUUACUUCAAAAUGGGACAGAUGAAAAAUUGCUCACCCUGGUUGUCCUGCAAGGAGCUGAGAACAGAAGUGAGGCAAUUAAAGAGCACUGGGGAAGGAGCUGUGAAGAGAGUGUUUCUGUCAGAAUGGAAAGAACGCAAAGUUGCUCUCUCACGCCUCACCAGUCUGAGGAUGAAAGACGAUUUUCUGCACGGACUACAGAUGCUGAAAUCUCUACAAAGCAAACAUGUCGUCACAUUGCUCGGCUACUGCGAGGAGGACCACACUCUUCUUACCGAGUAUCACCCCUUAGGUUCCUUGAGCAACCUGGAAGAAGUACUGAGUCUUUCCAAGUACCGGCAUGUGAACACAUGGCAGCACAGGCUGCAGCUGGCCAUGGAUUACGUUGGCAUCAUUAACUACCUGCAUCGCAGCCCCCUGGGCACUCUCGUCAUGUGUGACUCGAAUGACCUGCCCAAGACACUGUCACAGUACCUGCUGACAAGUAACUUCAGCAUCGUGGCAAACGACUUGGAUGCCUUGCCCUUAGUGAACCACAGCUUUGGGAUGUUUGUGAAGUGUGGCCAUAGGGAGCUUCACGGGGAUUUUGUGGCUCCAGAGCAGUUGUGGCCCUAUGGGGAGCACACGCCUUUCCACGAUGACCUCAUGCCCUCCUAUGACGAGAAGAUAGAUAUCUGGAAAAUCCCAGAUGUUUCUAGUUUUCUUCUGGGGCACACUGAAGGGAGUGAUAUGGUUCGAUUCCAUUUAUUUGAUAUUCAUAAAGCCUGUAAGAACCAGAUUCCUGCAGAAAGACCCACUGCUCAAGAUAUUCUGGACACUUACCAGAAGGUUUUUAAUUCACUUGGAGACACUGUGACAUCCCAGACAAGAGAAAUGCUGUAAAAAUCAGUGCAGUCCUUGCAGGAUGGGAUUGAAGGACCAAAUGAAGUCCUAGCAGUCUUGCUGUGAUCGGGGAGGUUUUGCUCAGGCUUCCUGUUUCCUUUUGUUUUCCUCUCAGCCGUGGUUUGUACCCUGGGUCUACCUGCACAUUUGAGUGCAGCCUGGGGCAGUUGCAAAGCAGGAGCAGAUCAAGGCAUAUUUAAUCUGGUUUUUCCUUUCUGAGGCCAUUUUGCUUCCUGAUAAAGAUGCAAAGAAGCAGUAAAUUUAUCCAUUAUUGGAAGGAAGUAAUGAAAAUGUAGCUGUAAAGAGUCUUUACCUAUCCUAAGAAUUGAUUUUCUAAUAAGCUAUUUAGAAAUGUAUAUGAAGAAGUUGUUUUUGUUUGUUUAAAAACUUUUUAGUACAUGUUUGCAGUACAAAAUUAUUACACUCAUCAUGAGGUAUUGGGACCUACGCAUAAGACAUCUUUUUUUGGUACCAGGGAUCUAACUCAGAAACUUGUGCUUGCAAACUGAGCUAUAAGACAGCCCCAUAAGACAUCUUUUUAUAAUCCUUUCCUCUGCCUUCCUUCCCUCCCUCUCUUGGUUCCAUUCCCAUUUGCAAAAAGAUAUAUCUCCCUAUUUCCUAUUAUCUUUUAUUCUGCUCUUUAAUUUAUUUAUACUUUGAGUGUUCCAUAGAAGAGAAACCACAUAUCUAAGCUAUUGUGCCUGUUUCUCUUCACUUAGCAUUAUGCUGUCAAAGUACAUGGACUUCCCUACAGAAGACUCAAGUUUACCCUUAAUGGCAGAGUAGUACUUCACUGUGUACAGUGCCACAUUUUCUUUGUCCAUUCAUCUGUCGUG